ACGUCACACACAACUCCUCGUGGUUCUUUAUAGGUAAUUUCGGUGAUUUUGUAGCAAAAAAAUGCAAAAGUUCUUGCAAAAACACGGAUAACUCGCCCAAUUGCAAAGUGUAUUUGUGUAACGUGGUCGCAGGCAAUCGAGAAAGCGACGGUGCACCCAAAAACUAACACAUAUAGGUUAAAAUAAAAUAGUAGUCAAUCAGUGUGACAAAAAAGAUAUAAUAUACAUAUAAAAGUAUAGUGAAGAACACACAAGAGACGAAAAAAUAACACAUCCACGGUCCUUGUGUGCCAUGCUUCUUUCGUUGUGUCGUCUCAACAGCAUCAAAGUGUGAUCUAAUUACGACGUUGUUAUGUGCUGGCUCUCUCUCGCGCUGGCUAUGCUGCUGAUGAUAACGUAAAAAAACAGUGCAAAACAGUGAAUCACAAGAAAAAACACGAAAAAAAUCCUGAUAAGGAAGAAAAAUGAGACUUUAGUGACUUUAAAAGAAAAAAAAAAUAAAAAAAAAACUUUUUAAACAAAAAAAAAAAAUCUGUAGAACUAGGCAAAUGCUGUGUUAACGCCCCGUAUCCCGUAAACCUCAGAAGCAGAAGCAACAAAUAACUCUUCAACCCAUCAUUCGCCAUCCAAACCCACAUCCCGUCAUGAAAGCUGACGAAGAAGUAGCAACAACCACGACGACGACGGCGCCUCCGGCAACGAACGAUCCCGACGUGCCCACAUCCAACGAGGAAGUCGAUGACGAUGAUUCGAGCUUUGUGCCGGUCAUCGGGCACAAAAAGGGACAGCAACGUGCCAAGAAACGAGCGCGUGACACGAAACGUAGUUCGGGCGGAGCUCCGGCAGCGCAAACCGAACAUGCGGGCAACAAGGAAAAUAAAGGCAAAGGAAAGCGACGAGAAAGGAAAAACAAUAAAGAGGCAAAUAAGGAACAAGCAGGAACGGAAAAUAAAGAGACAGUAGAUUCGUCGUCGGGUAAUACGAGUGAUCAGCAAAAGUCGGAGGCGGAAAAUCAACCGCCAAAGAAAUUCGUUGAAGCGCCCUUGCCCAAAGUUAAUGCAUGGAAGAUCCAAACUCCUCCGCCGCCAGCUGAGGAUUUAAAUCAAAAUCAACAAACACAACGAAAGGAUCAUCAUCAUCAUCAGUCGAAUGCACAGGCGCCCAAAAAGGAGGAAAUUAGCACUGCGAACGUUGUCAAGGAAAAAGUCCCGCUCAAGUCACAAACGAAGCCAUCGAAUGUAAAUAAAAAAGAAACUGCUCACACAGAUGAACAAAAAGUUGUCAAGGGAAAUACACAAGCACCAAAUAAACGUCGUCCACAAAAUCAAAAUAAUUUGCAAAAGGCUAGUGAUUUCACGGAUGCUGUCGAUUGGCCCUCUCUCGGUCAAGAAACAGCUGAGAAAAAUGCUGCCAACAAUCAAUCCACAAAUGCUAAUGCGACUGCCGCCGAAUCCAAUACCAAAAAAUCAUCGCCUGUACCGCAGGCACGCAAUUCCCCGGUAAAGGAAGUUGCCAACAAAGACGUAAAAGUGAAUGGUGUCGCAUCGCCAACGACAGCUCCCAAGUCCCAAAACAUGGAUGACGCCGGAAAUUCUGACGAUGGCAACACGAGCGGCGGAAAUGGCAACAAAGAAAACAAAAAGAUCCAAAAAGGCGGCAAAAAUUGGGUUCCCUUGCCCAUUGAUUUGCCGAAACCGGAUCGUCGACGUGAACGUCGUUCGCCGCCUCGUCGAUCUACGCGACGAAAUGAGGAAUAUGACGACGAGUACUACGAUAGUCGUCCGCCACGCAAUUCACGUUAUCGUCCAGCUCCGCGUCGCAGCGAAACGAGCAACGGAGGAAGUUGGCGUUCGGAUCCCGCGGAUCAGCAACGACGCAACGAAACACGUAGUAGUCGCCCUGCGCCUCGUUCCGGCAAUAAUAGUGAAAGACGUCCCGCACGACACGGUGCUCGAUCGCAUUUAUCGUCGCGCAAUGAACGCAACGCACGCAGCAAUAACGAAACGCGUGGCGAACGCGGCGGCGCCCAUCAGGAAUAUUCGCAUGCACGCAGUGCAGGUGCCAAGACGCCAAAUAGCACGAGCGGCGAUCAAACGCCAUACAUGAUGCCUUACAUGGGAACCUAUUACUAUAAUGGUGCUCCGUUAUUUAAUAUGGUGUCGACUAGUAUUAAGGACUGCAUUCAAAAGCAAAUAGAAUACUAUUUCAGCGAAGAAAACUUGAACCGUGACUUUUUCCUGCGUCGCAAAAUGGAUCCCGAAGGUUUCCUGCCCGUAACGCUAAUUGCCUCCUUCCAUCGCGUACAAGCGCUAAGUACCGAUGUCGCGCUCAUCAUUGAAGCCGUAAAAGAUUCCGAGCACUUGGAGCUCGUCAACAACUUCAAGGUUCGCGCCAAAGUCGAUCCAACGAAAUGGCCCAUCGCCAACGACGUCGUCCUCAAGCCAGUCAAUUCGAACAUUCAACCGCCCGUCAUUUCGGGGCACAACGACAUGUCGCCCGUACAUUUGCCCGGAAAUCCCAUUGCCGUGCCAACGGUUGCCUCGACAAUACUUUCGGGCAUACCGCCGCCUCCCGUUCUGCGAAAAUUCAAUUCGAACGCGGAAAAUGUGAAAGAAACCAGCGACAAAGUAUCUCGAAAUGCCUCGGAAAAUGCCGUCGCCGCAGCUGCUGCUCUCGUCGAUGAAUCCCUGAACCCCAACGUGCCAGAAUUCGUACCUGAGAAAGCAAAAGUGGCGCAAAAUGUGACCGGUUCAAAAAACGCGGAUGGCUCCGUUAAGGGGGAUGAUGCCACACACACAGGAAAAUCAUCGAGUAACGGAGCCGCACAAAACACUGAACAAGAUAGCAACUUAUGGAAGGAAGUAAAGCGUCGUUCCAAGAACCCAAAGGGGGAGAAGGAACGCACGCCUGUGCCUUCAACGAGCAGCAAUCAAGCCGGAAACAGCAAAAAAUCGAAGGAAACUGCUCAAAAAUCGCAAAAUAAGCAACAACAACCUCAGCAGUCGCAGGAAAAUGCGGGAAAUGCCAAAAUGGGAAACGAAAAGGAAGAGCUUGAUUUCCAGUUUGACGAGGAAAUCGAUAUGCCACGAACUGGGCGCGUCAAUCACUUCACCGACAACUUCGAGGAUGAUGACGAGUCUGACUUUGAGUUGCCCGAUUGCGAUGUCAACAAGAUUCUGAUUGUCACGCAAGUGCGUUCGCGUCCCCUGAAGCACGACGGAUACGAUCGUACGGGCGAUUGGACUACACGCACCAAAAUUUCGCAAGACUUGGAGCAAAUCAUCAACGAUGGACUGUACAACUACGAAGAGAAUUUAGUCACCAAGGAUCCUCGUGUUACCAACUACAAGACUGUUAACCUUAUCACGCAGGAGCAAUUCGACAAAAUUGUUCCGAAACCACCAAAAAUUGUGAAUCAAGAAGUGCCACCGCCGCCGCCCUCCACAUUUGUCGAUGCGUUUUCGCCAUCGAAGCGACCAAGUGGGCGACGCGCACGUUUCUUUGCCGUCAGCAAAGACGAUCCGAUCGAUCCGAUUACGCCUCGCAAACGCAAAACGCGUCAUUCGGCAAAUCCGCCGGUCGAAUGUCACAUCGGAUGGGUCCUGGAUGCCGUUGAACAUCGUCCGCGUACCUCGAGUAUCGGUAGUUCGGCAGGCACAAGUCCCGCAGGCAGCAGUUACGGGAGCGUGCCACAAAGUCUUCCCAAUUUCCAGCAUCCAUCACACUAUUUGCUCAAGGAGAACAACUUUACGCAGCAAGCGUAUGGCAAAUAUCGCAGCCGCUGUUUGAAGGAACGCAAACGGUUAGGUUCGGGACAAUCGCAAGAGAUGAACACGCUGUUCCGGUUUUGGUCAUUUUUCUUACGAGAAAAUUUCAAUAAGAACAUGUACGAGGAAUUCCGUAAUUUGGCAAUUGAGGAUGCGGGACAGGGUUUCCGGUACGGGCUCGAAUGCUUGUUCCGCUUCUACUCGUAUGGCUUGGAGAAGAAAUAUCGCGCGCAAUUGUAUGAGGACUUCCAAACGGAAACGAUGAGGGAUUAUGAACAAGGACAAUUGUAUGGCUUGGAGAAAUUUUGGGCCUUCUUGAAGUACUACAAAAACAGUCAAAAGCUCGAAGUUGAUCCAAAACUCGCCGAGUACUUGUCCAAAUUCAAAACUAUCGAGGAUUUCCGUGUCGAGGAACCUCAAAUCAACGAGAUGUUACAAGGUGUUGGCGAACUAAAUUCUGUGGCGAGCAAACGGCGUCACCGAAGCAUGUCAGAAAGUGAAGGAAGUGUCGAGACAACGGGAAAUGACUUACCAAAAGCAGCAAAGGCUGAAGCUAAUCGUCAAAGGGCUGGAUCAUUUGGCAAUCGUACGGUAAACGCUUCAAAUUCCUCGAGAUAUCGCGCUGGCUCGUUCGGAUCACGACCCCAAAAGGCGGGACGCAAUUCGGGCAACAAACAGGGAAACAGUAAUAAUCAACAACAGCAGCAACAACAACAAAAAGGUCAAUCAAGCACCAAUCAAGCGUAAUAAAGAGCAACACUUUCACACAAAACAAAAAAAAAUUAUCGCCAUACACAAAAUUUAUCAUUUACUUUUUCGCUACAAUUUAUUUAAAGAUAACUAUGUUUAACAUUUAUUAUUUUUUUUAAAGCAAAUAUUUAAUCAAAAUUUAGUCGAUAAAAAUUUGUUUGCGAGAUAACGUGAGAAACACACAAAAAAUACAACAAAAUUUCAGAAAUAGUGCCAAAAAUUAUUAUUGCAAAAAAAAAAACAAAUUUUUCAUCAUUUAUAUAUUUUUUUUGUUGUAACUUUAAAUUUACAUGUUAUAAUCAUUAAUUUAAUUAUUAUCAACAAAUCACUGUGAAACUUACUUUCG